UUGGAAAUUUUUACCUUUAAUUCUUUCAGUUUACAGCAAUCGAAAAAAAAUGGAAUCUGAGAAGCCAAAUUAUGGUGCAAUAAUGGUUUACUUCACAAAGCCUUCAUGGGCUUUCCUUGUUCUACUCUUUACAGUCAUAUCAAUCUUCUCUCUUCAAAUCUUUCCAAAAUCUAUUCUUCCGUUUCCGUUCUUUCCCGUUUCUGGAUCAUCCGGACCCCACUUCGAAUCCAGUUUUGAUCCCGGAAGUUGCGCCGCGUUUUUCGGGGAGUUUCCGAUCAGGAAACACGUUAUGUCGUUGAAGGACUUCGGGGGAGUUGGCGAUGGCAAAACGUCUAGAUAUUACCUUGACCCUGAGGAAUGGCCUAUUGUAGAGCCAUUGCCUUCUUAUGGUAGAGGGAGAGAGAGAUUGGGAGGAAGACACAUAAGCCUUAUUCAUGGAAAUGGUCUUACCAAUGUUGUCAUUACAGGGAAUAAUGGGACAAUUGAUGGUCAAGGUCGAAUGUGGUGGGAAUUGUGGUGGAACAGAACACUAAACCACACGAGAGGCCACCUUGUAGAGCUAAUGAACUCUCACAACAUUCUUAUCUCUAACUUAACCUUCCAGAAUUCGCCGUUUUGGACCAUUCAUCCUAUUUACUGCAGCAAUGUAGUUGUUAAGGGCAUGAAAAUAUUGGCUCCACUGAAUGCCCCAAAUACUGAUGGAAUAGACCCAGACUCAAGUACCAAUGUAUGCAUUGAAGACUGCUAUAUCGAGAGUGGAGAUGAUCUUGUAGCAGUGAAAAGUGGAUGGGACCAAUAUGGCAUCAGAAUGGCACGACCAAGCUCAAACAUAAAAGUGAGGAGAAUCUCAGGCACUACACCAACUUGUUCAGGUGUUGGUAUUGGGAGUGAGAUGUCUGGAGGGAUUUUUAAUGUAACUAUCGAAGAUAUGCACGUUUGGAAUUCGGCAGCUGGGGUCCGUAUAAAGACUGACAAGGGAAGAGGGGGAUACAUUGCGAAUAUCACCAUAAGAAAUAUAACUAUGGAACGAGUCAAAAUUCCUAUUAGGCUCAGUAGAGGCUCCAAUGAUCACCCAGACGACGGAUGGGAUCCUAAGGCCAUGCCUAAAAUAAAGGGGAUUUUCAUUAGUAACAUUUUUAGUUUGAAUUCAACAAAGGCUCCGGUACUGGCUGGUAUUCACGAUGCAUCAUUUGAAGGGUUAUGCUUCAAGAACCUUACCUUACUUGGACUUUCCCCAACUGCAGCAUGGCACUGUGAGUUUGUUUCCGGUUGUGCAGAUUCAGUGUUCCCAUUGCCAUGUCCCCACUUGCAGAACAAUGGCUCCUCAGCAUGUUGCUCAUAGGCUCAAAGUUUCAAGGUGAGUUCCUUCCCGAGUGCAUAUGGAAUUUUCACCCAUGGACACAGACACUUCGAACAAAUCAGACCAUAAAGGUGAACCAUAUGAUAAAAAUGACAAGGGUUUGAGUUGCUCAUGAAAUUAUGGUCUGGAUGGAGGAGAUGGUCCAAUUUUGUGAGAUUAGAUAUGAGAUUCAUGCAUACUGCAUUUUUGUCAAAAUACAUAUCAUUCAUUGAGCAGUUGGGUUGCUUGGGUUGACAGUUUUUUUUCUGGUUUUGACUGUAUUACAGUGUGAUGUUAAGUGUUGAUUUAUAUUUUUUUCACACGUGUAACAAAAUGUAUCUCAUGUGUAUGGUGGUAUAUAUUAUUUAUUGAUAUUU